UUCUCAUUUCUCAACCUCAUAGUCUUGUUUGGAAAGAAAAGCGUGAAAGGGAGAUGGAAGAGAUUAAGUCAAGGUUUGAAAGAAUUUGCGUGUUUUGUGGAAGCAGUUCAGGGAAGAAAGCUAGUUAUCAAGAAGCUGCUGUGGAGUUAGGCAAAGAGCUGGUGGAGAGAAGGAUUGAUUUGGUGUAUGGAGGUGGAAGCGUGGGAUUGAUGGGUCUUGUUUCUCAGGCCGUUCAUGAUGGUGGGCGCCAUGUUUUAGGUGUAAUUCCAAAGACCUUGAUGCCUAGAGAGAUUACUGGUGAAACAGUCGGAGAAGUAAGAGCUGUAUCUGAUAUGCAUCAAAGAAAAGCUGAAAUGGCACGACAGGCUGAUGCCUUCAUUGCCCUCCCUGGUGGCUAUGGCACCCUUGAAGAACUACUUGAAGUGAUUACAUGGGCUCAGCUUGGGAUCCAUCGCAAACCUGUCGGUCUGUUGAAUGUGGAUGGAUAUUACAAUUCAUUGUUGUCUUUCAUCGAUAAGGCCGUAGAUGAAGGCUUUAUUUCGCCCAUCUCACGUUGCAUUAUCGUGUCUGCCCCAACUGCUAAGCAAUUGGUGAGACAACUAGAGGAAUAUGUUCCGGAAUACGAUGAAAUAACAUCAAAAUUAGUAUGGGAUGAAGUGGAUAGACUUAGUUACGUGCCCGAAUCCGGAGUUGCCACCUGA